AUGGGCUGUGAAAGUUCUUCACCAAUAGAAGAGACAUCUCAAAAAGUACUGAAAGCUACGUUGAUCAUCCAGAAUUGGUACCGAGGUUACAGAGCUCGCCUGAGGGCCAGACAGCACUAUGCCCUUGCCAUCUUCCAGUCUGUUGAAUAUGCCGAUGAGCAAAGCCAGAUGCAGCUAUCCAACUUCUUUUCCUUCAUGCUUGAUAACUAUACUCGGAUACAUGAGGAAGAUCCAAAAUUAGCAAGUAGACUUUUUGAACGCACACUUCAGGAUAUCAAGGAUAGAAAGGACUAUGUGGAGUUGGUAGACGUCCCCGACUCCUAUGAAGGACCUCGACUGGAAUUUCCUCUCACUUUUGCUGAUAUUGACUUACUAAUUGAGGCCUUCAAGAAGCAACAGAUACUUCAUGCUCAUUAUGUCUUGGAAGUGCUAUUUGAAACCAAGAAAGCCCUGAUGCACAAGCCGAAUUUCACUCAUGUAGACACCUCUCCCACCAAAGAGAUAACAAUCUGUGGAGAUUUGCAUGGGAAACUUGAUGACCUAUUUUUGAUCUUCUAUAAGAAUGGCCUCCCCUCGGAGAAAAACUCAUAUGUUUUUAAUGGUGAUUUUGUAGAUCGAGGAAAAAAUUCCAUAGAGGUCCUAAUGAUUCUAUUUGUGAGUUUUCUUGUCUACCCCAAUGACCUGCACUUGAACCGAGGCAACCAUGAAGAUUUCAUGAUGAAUAUGAGGUAUGGCUUCACAAGAGAAGUUUUGCAUAAAUACAAGAUACAUGGGAAGCAAAUCUUACAAAUGUUGGAAGAAGUAUAUACCUGGCUUCCAAUUGGUACCAUCAUUGACAAUGAAGUCCUAGUUGUUCAUGGAGGAAUAUCUGAUUCCACAGACUUGAACUUGCUCCACCAGAUACAAAGAAACAAAAUGAAAUCUGUGCUGAUGCCACCAGGGCUUGUAGAUGGAGACAAUGCCUCCAACAUGAAGAAAAGCAAAUUAAGCGAAGCCUUUUCUGAACAAUUAUCAAAGCAUGAAUGGGAACAGGUUACUGAUAUUCUGUGGAGUGAUCCCAGAGGCAGAAAAGGCUGUUAUCCAAACACAGGUCGAGGAGGGGGCUGCUAUUUUGGAUCAGACAUUACUGCCAAAGUUCUUAAUAAAUAUCAGCUGAAGAUGCUCAUCAGAUCUCAUGAAUGCAAGCCUGAAGGGUAUGAAAUCUGCCAUGAUGGGAAGGUGAUUACGGUAUUUUCGGCUUCUAACUACUAUGAGGAAGGUAGCAAUCGAGGAGCUUACAUCAGACUGAGUUUUGGUUUGAACUUUCGAUUUUUCCAGUACCGAGUCACUAAGUCAACAUCCCCAAAGCCUCUCCACCAAAGGGUGUACACUAUUGAAAGCAGUGCCAUUAAGAUAUUAAAAGAGAGAAUAAUUGGACGAAAAACUGACCUCAUCCAUGCCUUCCAACUUCAAGACCACAGUAGAUCAGGAAAAAUUUCAACAACCCAGUGGGCUUUUUCUAUGGAGAAUGUUUUGGGACUGAAUUUACCAUGGCGAUCCUUGAGUAACCAUCUGGUAAAAACAGACAAAAAUGGGGACAUUGACUACAUGUCAAGCUUCCAGGAUAUCCACAUUGAAAAACCUGUUAAAGAGGCUCAAUCCAAUGUAAUUGAAACUCUGUACCGAUACAGAUCCGAACUGCAAAUCAUAUUUAAUAUCAUUGACACUGAUCAUUCAGGCUUCAUAUCCAUGGAAGAAUUUCAGGCCAUGUGGAAUCUCUUUAGUUCUCACUAUAAUGUCCACAUCGAUGAUUGCCAACUUAAUGAGCUCGCCAACACCAUGGACUUAAACAAGGAUGGAAGCAUUGAUUUCAAUGAAUUUUUAAAGGCAUUCUAUGUAGUGCAUAAACUUAAAGGUUAAAAACUUAGACAUCCAAUGUAGCUGAAAUGUCCUGAGACAUUCCCUUGGACUCCUAACAAACAGCUGGACCCAAACCCACAAAAACAGUGUUUUCCAAGACCCUACAGAUUCAUCGCCAACAGUAAGAUAGUCCCCAAUUCAUGCCAAGCAGAUGCACAAUCCAGCUGGGUACUGGAAGUGCCUAGAAAGCUGUUAUUUGUUAAGACCAGGUUAAACAUCAGCUAAUAGAAAUCUGGUGUUAGCACCUACACAAAGCCGCUGAAAAACUGGGUUCAAGCCUAGAGUUUGUUGUGCACCACCUAACCAGGUAGCUAUAGCAGUUUGAAAGAAUACUGAAAUCCAUUAAGCAUCAGGCAAAACAACUAAGAGCAACAUCUGUGCAUGAGCGUAAAAGAGAUACAUUCGACUGUCAAAUGGAAUAAACUGUUCCCACCCUCAAACUGUAAUCUGUGGAGAUUCUUUAAACUAGUAAUCCUCAGUUGGCAGGCUAUCAGCCUUCAAGGAUAGGUGCCAUGUCAGGUUCUUAUGGGAAGCUGUGGAAACAUUGUUUGGAAAAGCCUAUUUUGUGGUCAUGUCUGGUGGAAUCAUAGGGUGAAUGCAGUUGAAUUGAGCCC